GAGACAGACGUGGCUAUCGUGGAUCCUCUGGGGAGCCUCAACAACAUGAUGCUGACGAGGCAGAAAGGUCUCUCUCCAGAUCAGAACACCUUAAAAAAAAACAUCUGAGACCCACUGGGAAGAAAUCUCACUGCUGCUCUGACUGUGGGAUACGUUGCAGGUCUUCAUUAGAACUUAAAAUACACCAGCGAGUACACACAGGAGAGAAACCUUAUAGCUGUGAUCAAUGUGGGAGGAGUUUUACACGGUCAAGCUCCCUGAUAGUGCACCUGAGAACACAUACAGGAGAGAAACCUUAUAGCUGUUCUCUAUGUGGGAAGAGUUUUGUUGCAUCUUGCACUCUGACGAUACACCAGAGAACACACACAGGAGAGAAACCUUAUAGCUGUGAUCAAUGUGGGAAGAGUUUUGGUACAUCUGUGUGUCUGACGAUACACCAGAGAACACACACAGGAGAGAAACCUUAUGGCUGUACUCAAUGUGUGAAGAGUUUUACUCAGUCAAGCGGCCUGGUAGUACACCAGAGAACACACACAGGAGAGAAACCGUAUAGCUGUACUCAAUGUGGGAAGAGUUUUACUCAGUCAAUCGGCCUGGUAGUACACCAGAGAACACACACAGGAGAGAAACCUUAUCACUGCUCUGACUGCAGAAAGAAUUUUGUUAGGUUAAGAGAUUUAAAAUCACACCAGAGAACACACACAGGAGAGAAACAAUUUAGCAGGAGAUAAAUUAUAUAGCUGGAGAUAAAUGAUAUAGCUGUGAUCAUGUGACAAGAGAUACUUUGAUAAAAGAUCUCUGAUCAAACAUCAGAAAAUACAUACAUGAGUUGUUUCAUGAUAUCAAUGAAAUAAUGUCACAAUGUAGAACCCUAAACAUUUCCCCCUGUUCUAUUUAUUUCAGCGUGAUAUGGAUAUUAGCCUCUGGGAAAAAUCCAGGCUAUGAACUGGAUUUAUGUGAUUUAACAAAAAGCAUUUAUGUGAUUUAACAAAAAGUAAAGUUGUGUUACACGUUAAUCAAAAUGCAACACUUCUAAAUGUAGCUAGCUGUUUUCUACAAAUUGUCCUCUGACCAGUGAUGUACACAUUAUUCCCAGAUUCCAUGUGGUGUUUGAGCUAUUCGUUUUAACAGGACGUGCAACCUCAUCUCCCCCCUCUUCCGCAAUUGAUUUCAACGUGAUAUUGAUUAAAUAAGUGUUGCGUUCCUUUGUUUGGCGAUCCAUAAAUGUAAAUGCAUCACUCCAAAAUGUAGCUGACUGUCUUCUGCAGGUUGUCCUCUAACCAGUGAGGUAAAAGAUAUCUCCCGUUUCCAUGUGUUUUUUUAGUUGUGUUAGUUUCAACAGCAGGUACAACCUGAUUUCCCCCAUAAUGGAUAUCAGUGACUUAUUGCCACUUGUCAAAACAGCAGCGGUUUUUGGUGAUUGUGAGGUUUUAUAAGGUGGUUGUUUAAAAAAAUAUUUAAAUAAAUACAAGUAAUAUGAUUACUAUUAUGUUUCUGUAGAUUUUAGGUUUAGGUUUUCAUUAUAUCACAAACUGUUUUUGGUUAUUGAUUUGGACACAUUAAAGGGGGUGUACAUUCGGUUUUGAUAUUUCAUCAUAUUGACAUUUCAUGUAACAUUUAGUAAUCAUAAUUAUUUAUGCAACCUACUGACAAUUUUUUGGUACAAUUUAUAUUGUUUACAAACAGUGUAGUAAAACCAGCUUAUAUUUUGGGCUGGAUAUUACAUCAUAUUCUUACUGUUU